UGACCUGGUUCAGCAGCAGGAAAAUGCUACAGAGGCCCCUGACCCCUGACCCCUGACCCCUGACCCCAGGACUGCUUCCAUAGGGAAAAGCAGCCACAGAACUUCUGCUUAUUUUCUAAUAUCAUACUGGAAAUUCAAAUCUGUUUUUGUGUGUGAAACAAUGGAGAAAUCCCUCUGGAAUUUGGACAUGAUGAGCAAAGACGAUAUUGGGGCUGUAAGAGAAUGGGUGAUUCGGAACCACUGGACCUGCCAUACCACAGUGGUUUAUAUAAUGGACUGCAGCCAGCAGCCAUCCCAAAGAGUGCAGGGGGUGUCUUCCAUGGCAGGAUGCCAGGCCAUCCCCAGCUAUGACGCGUGGUGUUUUGGUUUACAGAUGCCUGCAGGCAAGCACCGCAAGCAUCUUCGACGGGCUCUUGAGAGAUAAAUGUGUUCUGACGAACAGAAAUUAUACUUUUAUUUCAUGUUAGGACGUAGCCAGAGAAUCUUGUCAAAAUCUCCGGGAAGACCUUGUAAAACACGGACAAGUGAAAAUAGACAAUUGACCUUCCAUUUCCUAGAUUCCACACCCUUGGAUUCAAGCAGCUAUCAACUGAAGACAAUUAGGGCAAAGGGCAAUAAAAUAAUAUGCAUAGGAAAAUAGUGUGGCAGCUCCCCUCAUGGGGUUUUCAUUGUAUUAGCGAGUGUGAGCCAAGUGAGGUCAUUUAAGUUUGUGGGAGAAUGUGCAUAGGUUCUGUGUAACAGCUGCCAUGGGAACGAUGGGAGAACCUCAGGUUUUGGUGUUUGCCGAUCCUGGAACUCAUCUACAGAUACUGAGGAUGGCCUGUGGGCAGAGGGCACAGUAUCCCAUCACACACAGCCGUGACACCAUACUGCCUUGGCACAUGAAGAGGUGGCGAGGCCCACACUGCCUACCUUCUCGGGGUUCCCCGGGUUCAGGGGAGCAGAGGCAACCUGGGCCUUCAGUUUCGAGCACUAGGCUUCAUCUCAGAAAAUAAGAGAAAGGGGAUAUUAUACAGCAGAAUUCGAAAGCUUCUGGGGACUGUCCCAUAACAGAGGAGUGACGGCACAGGCAUUGUCACCUGGGAGCUGCUUCUAGGUGCAGCUGAGGUCUGGAGAGCCCUGCCAGUGCAGCUCCUGGGAGAGAGCUGUGUGGUCCAGCCCAGCUCUCUCUAGCCUGGGCAGCUGGUUUGUCCCUGAGGGUAGCUGGCCUUCCCCCCACCCCAGAGGCUGUAAACUCCUAGGGGAGGGACAGUUCUGAAGUUAACUCUGAGACGGCCCAGCUCCCAGCCAUGUCAGGAACCUGAGUCCUGGGCUUCAGAGAUCUGUGAGGGACUGUGCUGUCACUCAAAGCACCCCAUGAGUCUGAAAACCUGUACUGGGAAAAUGUUGCUCUUCUCUGUGGGAUGGUGACACGGUUCCUUGAUCUUAUCCUUUUUACUAGUGACAACCAUGGAUUAAUCCCAGAAGUCUUUACUGAGCACUUACUACCUACCUCCCAAGCAGCACUCUACUUCUCCAGAGCCACGUCCCUGCCUGUCCUGAGCUAGCCUCGCCCCAUCAGACGGCGUACUGUGCCUGAAGCGCUGCCCAGUGGGCCUGCUCCUUUUCCGUGUUUUAGAUGGGAAGAGAGGACGAAGAAUGUCAGUGUUUUGAGCUCAGUGCUCCAGAAGAUGACAGCCUAAGGGUGUGUGCCACUGGGAGCCUGCUGGUUAUUUUUAGUCCUAAUAGUGCCUCCAAUUGGGUUAGCCCUCCCCUGCUUGUCAGUGUUGGACCAUGGAGAAGGCUGGGACUCCACUGGGGAGGGAGGUGGUGGUCUCUAACUACUGCGAAACGUAGAAAUACGUAGAAGGUCAUUUCGUGGCUGUCUAGGGCGUUUUCCGCGGCAGCUGAGCCCUCGCAGCGGGGCCUGUUUGGUUCUGCAGCAAAACUGUGAAGCCAGAUGGUUGCCCUGCCAGGGGAUCUGGCCCAGCCUCCGUCAAGUGAUGAGGAAAGCUGGAGAGACCCCUGUCAGGAAGGGAAGGACAAGCAACGCUGCCCCUUAGAAUGGACCCCAGGAGCCCCUUAGCAAAUGGCAACCCGUUCCAUGAGCCCACACCCAGGUUCCAAAGACACUUACCCCGUGCCCCACACUGCCUCUCUGCUCCGUUCCUCCAGGUCAACCACCCCCUUUACCUGCUGUCUAGUGCUGUGCUUGCGGUGUUCUCAUUGGUCUGACACUCUGGGCUGGUGCCACUUCACCCCACUGUUGGAUAGACCAUGUAUUUGGGGGGAAAAUCCUUCUCCUGCUGGAACUGCUGGAACUGCUGGCCAGCGGUAGUGCAUGCCAUUAAUCCCAGCACUUGGGAGGCAGAGGCAGGCGGAUUUCUGAGUUCGAGGCCAGCCUGGUCUAUAGAGUGAGUUCCAGGACAGCCAGGGCUACACAGAGAAACUCUGUCUUAAAAAAAAAAGAAAGAAAGAAAGAAAGAAAGGAAGGAAGGAAGGAAGGAAGGAAGGAAGGAAGGAAGGAAGGAAGGAAGGAAGGAAGGAAGAAAAGAAAAGAAAAUGGCCUGAAACCGACCCAGUCGGAUCUGCUCCCUCCCCACCAACCAGUCUUUUCCUUCUCAGCAGUUUCCUUCUAGAGAUUCACCCCUAAUUCCCAGGAACAGAGUGACUUGGAGCCCAGUUUAUUAAAAUUGUGCCCCGGUUCCCUACUCAUCAACCAUUAAACACCAUACAGACAUCAUUGAAAGCAUAGAAAAAACGGAGUUCCGGUGUCUGUGUAGACCCGGCCUUUGAGAGGGUUUGUAGGACAGCACAGGUUCCGCGCCAAAGCCAAUCUGAGGGCCACAUGCAGGCGCCGCCCUGCACCCUGGUGCCCGAUAAGGCCUUUUCUGGUUGCAGGGUAGCAGUGGCAAGUCCCCUAGGGAGAGACUGUUCCCGCUGCUCUGACAGCUCUCCCUCUCUCCCGCCCUCCAGCCCUCCGGCCGGCAGGGUCCUGGUCCCGAGCAACAAGAUGGGCUUCUGUAAAGCCGAUGCUGCUACCAGCUUUCUGCGGGCGGCACGCUCGGGGAACCUGGACAAGGCUCUGGAUCACCUGCGCAAUGGAGUGGACAUUAACACCUGUAACCAGAACGGGUUGAACGGCCUGCAUCUGGCCUCCAAAGAAGGCCAUGUGAAGAUGGUGGUUGAACUUCUGCACAAAGAGAUCAUUCUAGAAACGACAACCAAGAAGGGGAACACUGCUCUGCACAUCGCUGCCCUUGCUGGUCAGGAUGAGGUGGUCCGGGAGCUGGUCAACUAUGGAGCCAAUGUCAAUGCCCAGUCUCAGAAAGGCUUUACUCCCCUGUACAUGGCUGCUCAGGAGAACCACUUGGAAGUGGUGAAAUUUCUACUGGAGAAUGGAGCCAAUCAGAAUGUAGCCACAGAAGAUGGCUUCACCCCACUGGCCGUGGCUCUACAGCAGGGUCACGAGAAUGUGGUGGCUCACCUCAUCAACUAUGGGACGAAAGGGAAAGUGCGCCUCCCUGCCCUGCACAUCGCGGCCCGCAACGAUGACACACGGACAGCCGCAGUCCUUCUGCAGAAUGACCCCAACCCAGAUGUGCUUUCCAAGACGGGAUUCACACCCCUCCACAUCGCAGCUCACUAUGAGAACCUCAACGUGGCCCAGUUGCUCCUCAACAGGGGAGCCAGCGUCAACUUCACACCUCAGAAUGGCAUCACCCCACUACACAUCGCCUCCCGCAGGGGGAACGUGAUCAUGGUGAGACUCCUGCUGGACCGAGGGGCUCAGAUAGAAACGAGGACCAAGGAUGAAUUGACACCGCUCCACUGUGCAGCUCGGAAUGGACACGUGAGAAUCUCAGAGAUCCUGCUGGACCACGGGGCACCCAUCCAAGCCAAAACCAAGAAUGGCUUGUCCCCAAUCCACAUGGCCGCUCAGGGAGACCACCUCGACUGUGUCCGACUUCUAUUGCAAUACAAUGCAGAGAUAGACGACAUCACCUUGGAUCACCUGACUCCUCUCCAUGUGGCAGCCCACUGUGGCCACCACCGGGUGGCUAAGGUUCUUUUGGAUAAAGGGGCCAAGCCCAACUCCAGAGCCCUGAAUGGUUUUACCCCGUUACACAUCGCCUGCAAGAAGAACCACAUCCGUGUAAUGGAGUUGCUGCUGAAGACAGGAGCCUCCAUCGACGCGGUCACUGAGUCUGGCCUGACACCUCUCCACGUAGCCUCCUUCAUGGGACACCUUCCUAUUGUGAAGAACUUACUGCAGCGGGGAGCGUCACCCAAUGUCUCCAAUGUGAAAGUAGAAACCCCCUUGCACAUGGCAGCCCGAGCAGGGCAUACAGAAGUGGCCAAAUAUUUGCUCCAGAACAAAGCCAAAGCCAACGCCAAGGCCAAGGAUGACCAGACACCGCUUCACUGUGCUGCUCGAAUCGGCCACACAGGCAUGGUGAAGCUCCUGCUGGAGAAUGGUGCCAGCCCCAAUCUGGCUACCACUGCUGGCCACACACCCCUACACACCGCAGCCCGUGAGGGACACGUGGACACAGCCCUGGCCCUGCUGGAGAAGGAGGCAUCCCAAGCCUGCAUGACCAAGAAAGGAUUUACCCCUCUGCACGUGGCUGCUAAGUACGGGAAGGUACGGUUGGCGGAGCUGCUGCUGGAACACGAUGCACACCCCAAUGCAGCUGGGAAGAACGGCUUGACUCCUCUGCAUGUGGCCGUCCAUCACAACAACCUGGACAUUGUCAAACUUCUUCUUCCCCGAGGUGGCUCCCCCCACAGCCCUGCCUGGAAUGGCUACACUCCUUUGCACAUCGCUGCCAAGCAGAACCAGAUAGAGGUGGCCCGCAGUCUACUGCAGUACGGAGGGUCAGCGAAUGCAGAGUCGGUACAAGGCGUGACCCCACUUCACCUGGCUGCCCAAGAGGGCCACACAGAAAUGGUUGCUCUUCUCCUGUCCAAGCAAGCCAACGGCAACCUGGGGAACAAGAGUGGACUCACUCCCCUCCACCUGGUGUCACAAGAAGGCCAUGUUCCAGUGGCAGACGUGCUGAUCAAACAUGGCGUCACCGUGGAUGCUACCACCCGGAUGGGUUACACCCCGCUCCAUGUGGCCAGUCAUUAUGGAAACAUCAAGCUGGUGAAGUUCUUGCUACAGCACCAGGCAGAUGUCAAUGCCAAGACCAAGCUAGGAUACAGCCCCUUGCACCAGGCAGCUCAACAAGGACACACAGACAUUGUGACAUUGCUCCUGAAGAAUGGUGCUUCUCCAAAUGAGGUCAGCUCGAACGGAACCACACCUCUGGCAAUAGCCAAACGUUUGGGCUACAUCUCUGUAACAGACGUGCUCAAGGUGGUCACAGAUGAAACCAGUGUGGUGUUAGUCAGUGACAAACACCGGAUGAGCUACCCUGAGACGGUGGACGAGAUCCUGGACGUGUCUGAAGAUGAAGGAACUGCUCACAUAUCUAUAAUGGGUGACGAACUUGUCGGCUCGAAGGCUGAAAGGCGGGACUCCCGGGAUGUGGGUGAGGAGAAAGAGCUGUUGGAUUUUGUGCCGAAGCUAGACCAAGUGGUGGAGUCUCCAGCCAUCCCAAGGAUCCCUUGUGUCACACCUGAGACCGUUGUGAUCCGAUCUGAAGAUCAGGAACAAGCAUCUAAAGAAUAUGAUGAGGAUUCCCUCAUUCCCAGCAGCCCGGCCACAGAGACCUCAGACAACAUUAGCCCUGUGGCUAGCCCGGUCCACACAGGGUUCCUGGUGAGCUUCAUGGUGGAUGCCCGAGGGGGAUCCAUGAGAGGAAGCCGUCAUAAUGGCCUCAGGGUGGUGAUCCCUCCCCGGACAUGCGCAGCACCCACUCGCAUCACCUGCCGCCUCGUUAAGCCGCAGAAGCUGAACACGCCACCCCCACUGGCUGAGGAAGAGGGCCUAGCCAGCAGGAUCAUUGCCCUGGGACCCACGGGGGCCCAGUUCCUUAGCCCUGUGAUCGUGGAAAUCCCCCAUUUUGCCUCCCAUGGCCGUGGGGACCGUGAGCUGGUGGUUCUGAGGAGUGAAAACGGCUCUGUGUGGAAGGAGCACAAGAGUCGUUAUGGGGAAAGCUACCUGGACCAGAUCCUUAAUGGCAUGGAUGAAGAGCUGGGGAGCCUGGAGGAGCUGGAGAAGAAACGUGUGUGCCGCAUCAUCACCACCGACUUCCCUCUGUACUUUGUCAUCAUGUCCCGGCUCUGCCAGGACUACGACACCAUCGGUCCUGAAGGGGGUUCCCUGAGAAGCAAGCUGGUACCGCUGGUACAGGCAACGUUCCCUGAAAACGCUGUGACCAAGAAAGUGAAGCUGGCUCUGCAGGCCCAGCCUGUCCCGGAUGAGCUGGUGACCAAGCUCCUGGGUAACCAGGCCACAUUCAGCCCCAUUGUGACCGUGGAGCCGAGGCGUCGGAAGUUCCACCGUCCCAUCGGGCUGCGAAUCCCGCUCCCUCCCUCAUGGACGGACAACCCCAGGGACAGUGGGGAGGGAGACACCACCAGCCUGCGCCUACUGUGUAGCGUCAUCGGUGGAACUGACCAAGCCCAGUGGGAAGAUAUAACGGGAACAACCAAACUUAUAUACGCCAAUGAGUGUGCCAACUUUACCACCAAUGUCUCAGCCAGGUUCUGGCUGUCAGACUGUCCCCGGACUGCGGAGGCUGUGCACUUUGCCACUCUCCUGUACAAAGAGCUCACAGCAGUCCCCUACAUGGCUAAGUUUGUCAUUUUUGCCAAGAUGAACGACGCUCGGGAAGGACGGCUCCGUUGCUACUGCAUGACGGAUGACAAAGUGGACAAGACCCUGGAGCAGCAUGAAAACUUCGUGGAGGUGGCCCGGAGCAGGGACAUAGAGGUUCUGGAAGGGAUGCCUCUGUUUGCAGAACUCUCUGGGAACUUGGUUCCUGUCAAGAAAGCGGCCCAACAGCGGAGCUUCCAUUUCCAGUCGUUUCGAGAGAAUCGUCUGGCCAUCCCCGUGAAGGUGAGGGACAGCAGCCGCGAGCCAGGAGGGUUCUUGUCGUUCCUACGAAAGACAAUGAAGUACGAGGACACACAGCACAUCCUCUGUCACCUGAAUAUCACCAUGCCCCCCUGCACCAAGGGCAGUGGAGCAGAAGACAGGAGAAGGACCCUGACACCCCUGACCCUUCGAUACAGCAUUCUCAGCGAGUCGCGGCUGGGUUUUACCAGUGACACAGACCGUGUCGAAAUGAGGAUGGCUGUCAUCAGAGAACACCUCGGCCUAAGCUGGGCAGAGCUGGCCCGGGAGCUGCAGUUCAGCGUGGAAGACAUCAACCGGAUCCGUGUAGAAAACCCUAACUCCUUGUUGGACCAGAGUACAGCCUUGCUGACCCUCUGGGUGGACCGUGAAGGCGAAAAUGCAAAGAUGGAGAAUUUGUACACAGCCCUGCGGAACAUCGACAGGAGUGAGAUUGUUAACAUGUUGGAGGGCUCCGGCAGGCAGAGCAGAAACCUCAAACCAGAGCGGAGACAUGGGGACCGGGAGUACUCAUUGUCACCCUCCCAGGUGAAUGGUUACUCCUCGCUGCAGGACGAGCUGCUGUCCCCCGCCUCCCUGCAGUACGCUCUCCCCUCUCCACUGUGUGCAGACCAGUACUGGAACGAAGUGGCCGUCAUAGACGCCAUCCCCCUGGCGGCUACAGAGCAUGACACCAUGCUGGAGAUGUCUGACAUGCAGGUGUGGUCUGCGGGCCUCACACCCUCCCUGGUCACUGCUGAGGACUCCUCUCUGGAGUGCAGCAAGGCUGAGGACUCUGACGCCAUACCAGAGUGGAAGUUGGAAGGGGCACACUCAGAGGACACGCAGGGCCCGGAGCUGGGCUCUCAGGACCUGGUGGAGGACGACACAGUGGAUUCAGAUGCCACAAAUGGCCUGGCAGAUUUGCUAGGUCAGGAGGAAGGUCAGAGGUCAGAAAAGAAGAGGCAGGAAGUCUCAGGCACAGAGCAGGACACGGAGACUGAAGUGUCUCUUGUUUCAGGCCAGCAGCGAGUUCACGCCCGAAUCACAGACUCACCCUCAGUGAGGCAGGUGCUGGACAGAAGCCAGGCCAGAACACUGGACUGGGAUAAACAGGGUUCCACAGCGGUACACCCGCAAGAAGCCACACAGAGCUCCUGGCAAGAGGAGGUCACGCAGGGCCCACACUCAUUCCAGAGAAGGAUCACCACCAUCCAAGGGCCGGAGCCUGGUGCGCUUCAGGAAUACGAGCAGGUGCUGGUGUCUACCAGGGAGCAUGUGCAGAGGGGGCCACCUGAGACCGGCAGCCCCAAAGCUGGCAAGGAACCUAGCCUGUGGGCACCUGAGAGCGCCUUCUCUCAAGAGGUGCAGGGGGAUGAGCUUCAGAAUAUUCCAGGAGAGCAGGUGACGGAGGAACAAUUCACAGAUGAACAGGGCAACAUUGUUACCAAGAAGAUCAUUCGCAAAGUCGUCCGGCAGGUAGACUCGUCUGGUGCCAUCGACACCCAGCAGCACGAGGAGGUGAUUGUCGAGGGUCCCCUGGCAGACCCUGGGGAUCUGGAAGCAGAUAUUGAGUCCUUUAUGAAACUUACUAAGGUGGAGCUAAGAGGGAGUGGACUCCAGCCGGACCUGAUAGAGGGCAGGAAGGGGGCUCAGAUAGUGAAGCGGGCCAGCCUGAAAAGGGGCAAGCAGUGACCUCUCCUCAAGUAGCCCCUUGGGAGGAUCACACCUCAACACCCAAACCCUGAACUCCACACACUCUGUCAUGCACACGGGAAGAGACCUGGACCAGAGGGCUACUGAAGGGUCGCACGUGUUCUGAGCUCCCCGGCAUGACCUCUGUAAGGAGUUUCCUUUAGUCUCCUAUUCGCAUGAAUGACUGGCUGUAGACGCAUGACCUACAGUCUUCAGUCCUGCCUCUAGCGACUAUGGAUCUCUGUGGGAAUCAGGACAAAGGCCUCGAGAGAAGGGAGAGAAGAAGGGAGAGGAUAGCAAGCCCCAAAGAGCACACGGGUGCAGACACGAAUAAUAAGGGCUUUACUGUGGCCGGGAUGGUUGAUCUGUUUGUUUGCUUUUUGUUUUGAUUUUUUGACUUCAACCUCAUUUGUAAGAAAUACACAUAAUCUUUCUGGACCGAGGAAACCGGGAACGGCGUGAAAUCAGUUUAGCCCAUUGUCCUACAUCCUCGUUGUACCUGCACACGCCACAUGCCACUUGUAACACCCCACCCCACCCCACCCCACCCUACCCCCCAGCCCCCAUGAAGGGACUGCUCUUCUCAGAAUGACAUGACACAGGUGCACAUGCGCAGGCCUCCCCUUCACUCAGUCUACACUGGUUUUACUGUGACCUUUGACGACGCUGUAUGGAUAAACUGGAUUUAUUAUUUUUUUUAUGUUGUCUCUCAGUUUCAGUAUUACUCAUCUUCCAGUGGGAAAUCAUCACCUUGAGAGUGCAUUCGGGGUUCCUUGUGUUAGAAAUUUAAGAUCUGAGGCAAGGACCCCCUAGGCUUUGCUGUAGGGCUCAGAGGGAGCCAGGGUCCCAUCUCAAAGUUCUCGGCUGGGGAAGGGCCUGUGGCUGUCCGAGGAUUGCACCAGCAUGUUCAAUAGAGGAAGAGGUUUUCUAAAUCGUCACGUACUUCUAUAAUAGUCUGUGUUCAAAGUGUAAACUGUACAGUAAUCAGCCUUGUGUAUAUGAAAACAAUAAAUACUAUGCAAACCAAUAGAAACACGUUAGCAGUAUGUACAAAGCCCUAAAGAGCUCAGCUCCUGAGGACUUCUCCAGGCUGUGGGAGGAGCUAAAGGCUGUCUUUCACCGAAAGAGGAAGGGAGUAGGGCUGUGAAUGUACCUGCCAGUUCCUAGGUCAGACCAUCCUGAGGUCUUCCAGAGCCAACUUGGUGCUUGAAGUGCAGGUGGCCGCAGGCUGGAGGUCCUGGCACAGACAACUGGGCUCGGGCUGGUCGGCCAAGUGCCUGGCUCUGACCACGGGCCCAGCGCAAGGAGAGCCGGAGCAGGAUGGAGCUGCUGACCAGGAGGCUGAGGAGAGACCCUCUUCUAUCUAGACUCAGGGCCAGGCCAGGAAGGGGACCCUCAACUGGCUGGUCUUGCCUUGGAGCCCUCAGGGAAGAGCCUUAACGUCACACUAGAGUCUCCUGCAGAGGGAGGCCCGAAUCAGCACAAUCCGGCUCCGCCAUGCCCGGGCGGCGCCCCCUAGGGCCAGGAGAGAGACUGGCAGGCUCUUCUCGCUCUCCCAGAGCCACUGGUGGACGGCGGUCACCUUCCUCGCCUGCCGCUCCUCGGGGUGUCGUCGGGACACAAUAAAAACCUUCCAAGUAGCACAGACGCCCCUUCAUGCCCGUACCCCCACGCCCUGGAGGCCCUCCCGGGGACUCCAGCCCGCGCGCGCUCUAGCCCCGGGCCAGUGCGCGGGUUGGGGGAUGCUGUGGUCCACGGGCGCGGCUAGCUUUCCUGGGGGUAGGGAGGAGGGGCGGCGGCCCCGGGAGGGCGGGCGAGCACGGGCGCGGGGUCGCCCCGCCUCGCCCCGCACCCUCCGCCCAGUAGCGGCUCUUAGCGCCCUGCGCGGCCCGACUCCGCUUUGGCACCCUCCGCUCGGUCUGGCUUGGCUGCUUGGCACGCCGCCCCCCCGCCCUCGGCGGCAUGGCUGCGCGCUCCCGUUGCUAGUAGGAGCUGUUUUAGGAGGAGUUUGGGGUCUCCACUUGAUGCCUAGAGAAUGCUGCAGUCUGCACCUUAGACGCUUUUUAGAAGUUUUGAAAUGACCUUGAUUUUUUUAAUUGUUAUGAAAAAAAAUGAACUAUGUCUUGGCUCUCUCACAUGCUCUGUUACUGAGAGAGACCAGCCCACCCUACUCUGAUGUAUAGACCAUUCUCCCUACACCAGCUAAACAAAUGUCAAAUUAAUAAAGAAACGGACUCAUGGCACUGG